UUAAAAGGAUAUGAUUUCUUUUCAUUUUAGGAGCCACCGCGCUAGUGCCACGUGAGUUUACAUAACAGCACCACGCGCGCUAGAGCAAGAAAACAUCCGAGCAAAAACGCAUGUUAUUUUUUUAGAAUUUUUUAUUGAUUGUCUCUAAUAUUCGUUAUAAAAACUAUCAUAAAAUCACCGCCUCGUUAUUAUAAUGCCUCGUGUUUUUUUAAGCGCAAACGUGCCAUAUUGAAACAUUAACAUAGGCUACCUCCGCACAGUCCCUUGGGACUUCGGGAAUUUUCGGAAAACGGGCAACGAAAACUGCUACACCUGACAGGUUCCCACGAUGGGCGUGUACACGUUUGCAUUAUGCAAACGAGGGAGGCGCGUCCGCGCGUGAAAGAGCGCUCUCGCGGCGAGGGCGCAACAAACAUGGCGACGGAGCGGAGCGGACACGGGUGUCUUCUAACUUUCAUCGUUGUCCUCUGGAGCUCUGUCAGCGGACGGUCGGAGACGACGAGGCACGACUCCGGCAGUCAGAUCCUGGGCAUGCGGCUGGAGCGCAGCGACAAGGCGGCCGGUACGACAAAGGACGGCAUCAUCCAGUUAACGGAGGAGAGCAGCGUCCUGCUCAGGUUUUACGGGCUACACCUGCGCCCGGACGCAGCAUCCCACAUCAGGUUCACGGAUGAUGACAGCGAUGCGCCGAACGGGACCUGUGAGGAUUUUACCAAAGACUUGAGCAUCAGCAGUCAAAUGAACGUGAGCAGCUGGGGAACGUCGGGUUUGGUGAGUGUGAACGUAAAGCCACUGCGUAAAAGUGAGCAGGAGAAGACGUACAGCUUGUGUGUCAGGACGGGUCCGGAUGAUAAAUGGUACCGGUUGGGUGAUCACGAUGGAAAGUUGGUGGUUGUGGAGGAGAAAGCAUCUCUGCUGCCUCUUUGGCUCCAGGUCAUUUUAGUGACCUGCCUGCUGGGGCUUUCCGGCAUGUUCAGCGGACUCAACCUGGGACUCAUGGCUUUGGAUCCGAUGGAGCUUCGCAUCGUGCAGAGUUGCGGCACCAGCAAGGAGAAAAGGUACGCGCGUAAGAUCGAGCCCAUUCGAAACAAGGGCAACUACCUGCUGUGCUCUUUAUUGCUGGGAAAUGUGUUGGUGAAUACCACCUUAACCAUUCUGCUGGACGAUUUGAUCGGGUCCGGACUGGGUGCCGUGGCGGCGUCGACGGUCGGCAUCGUGAUAUUCGGCGAAAUCGUGCCGCAGGCGCUCUGCUCGCGCCACGGGUUGGCGGUGGGCGCAAACACUAUCGUGCUGACCAAGUUCUUCAUGAUUCUCACCUUUCCGUUGUCGUUUCCAGUCAGCAAACUCUUGGACUUCGUGCUCGGCCAGGAGAUCGGCACCGUGUACAACCGGGAGAGGUUAGUGGAGAUGCUGAAGGUCACCGAGCCGUAUAACGACCUGGUCAAAGAAGAACUCAACAUCAUACAGGGCGCCCUAGAACUCAGAACCAAGACCGUAGAGGACGUCAUGACGCCCCUCAGUAACUGUUUCACGAUUCACGUCGACGCCGUGCUCGACUUUAACACCAUGACCGAGAUCAUGGAAAGCGGCUACACGCGGAUACCGGUGUACGACACGGAACGUUCCAACAUCGUAGACGUCUUGUACGUCAAAGAUUUGGCUUUCGUCGACCCGGACGACUGCACGACGCUCAAAACGGUCACCAAGUUCUACAACCACCCCGUGCAUUUCGUCUUCCACGACACCAAACUGGAUGCCAUGCUGGAAGAGUUUAAGAAAGGUAAAUCCCACCUGGCUAUCGUUCAGAAGGUGAAUAAUGAAGGAGAGGGAGAUCCCUUCUAUGAGGUUCUGGGUCUGGUGACGCUGGAGGACGUCAUCGAAGAGAUCAUCAAAUCUGAGAUCCUGGACGAGUCUGAUCUCUACACUGACAAUCGUAACAGAAAGAAAGUGAAUCCUGACAAGAACAAGAGAGAUUUUUCAGCUUUUAAACACGAGAGAGAAUCAAAGGUGAAAAUCUCUCCUCAGCUGAUGCUGGCAGCACAUCGCUUUCUGGCCACAGAAGUAUGCGCGUUCAGUCCGCUGCAGAUCUCAGAUAAGGUUUUACUGCGAAUCCUCAAACACCCCGAUGUGAUCCAAGAGCUCAAGUUCAAUGAAAACGACAAGCGCUCGCCCCAGCACUAUUUAUAUCAGCACGGAAAGCCCGUCGACUACUUUGUCCUCAUUCUUCAGGGUCGGGUGGAGGUGGAGGCAGGCAGUGAGAAUAUGAAGUUUGAGACGGGUCCUUUCUCAUAUUAUGGAGUGAUGGCGUUGACGGCUCCAUCGCUGGCUGUCACUCCCCCGCUCUCUCCUUCUGUGGUGUCGCACGGUCUUCGUCGCCUCUCGCUUAAGAGAUUUUCUCUGUUCUCUCGUUUCCCAGAGUUUCGCUCUCCAUCUCACAUGAGCGGUUUGAAUCGCUCGGCGUCUCUGAGUUACACUGAGAGAGUUGAUUCUGUGUCCAUCAGCGGCAGUAACAGUCAGCUCAACAGCAGCCCGUCUGCACAAUACAUCCCUGAUUUUAAUGUGCGUGCCCUCACCGACCUGCAGUUUGUCAAGGUCACUCGCUCGCAGUACCAAAACGGUCUCCUGGCGUCAAAGCUGGACAGCACGCCGCAGUCCCCCGAGAGCAGCCAUACACGUCUAGACCUCGCACCCGUCCCGCCGUUAACACCUACCAUCACGACGAACCACACCACGGCGCUGCCGGUGACCAAAGAGAACGGUCCUGAUGAGACCACCUCACUGCUCAACGACAAGAACAGUCUGUCCAAACGCCGGCUGAGCCACACUCAGAAUCAAACACACUUCAACAUCAACUCGAACUCCAGCCCAACCCCUCACAGUCAACCCAACGCUCAUCACCACGGCAACAGAAGCCCGACGUCCAUCCCCAACACUCAAACACGCCAGCACGCUCACAUCCACUCGAUCACGCACACCGAGAGUACCAUUUGACAAAAAUAAUCUAGGGUUCUGUUGUGCAGGGCUCCAGAGGUGACUGCCACACAUCAACGCACAAACACUGCACGUGAUGAUGUGGCUCAAACGCUUCCAAACUUUAAAGUGGUCUCCAUCCUGAUGAUUUGAUUCGGGUUGGAGGUGUGUCUCAAAACUCCUGAUGGGUGUGUGUACGCUUGUUUUUCUCCUCCACGUUUGGUGAAACGGUUUUUGAGGGCUGCGGGUUCAGCCGGAGGUUACUUUUCAUUCUGUCGCAUGGUCGUCAUGUAGACGUGUAACCUCAUAGAUUCUCCUCCUCUUUUAACGUUUAUCUGGUGCGUGUUUGCCAUGCGACAAGUAGCAAUGCCCAUAGCUAACGGGGCAUUAUACACUCCAUCAGUAUAUAACCCAGAAUAAUCGUACGAUAUGCACUUUUGAUAAUGUCUGAGCUGAAAGCAUGCAUGUGUAUGCUGUUGGUGUAUUUUUGGGGGACAUUUAAGAGCACUUUAAGUCUCAUUUAUGAGCUAUCGCCAUGGGGACGCCGUGGAAUGGGUAACUCAAUUUUAGCACAAACUAUAUGUUCCUUUCAGAGAGAGAUUUCUGUCUAGUUUGUGUGCCGUUUGGUUUAGUCAGAUAUUAUUUUGAAAGCAAAGUUCAUUUCUGUGACGUUAGGUAACAAAAUUUUAUUUCUACGUGACAAACAUGAAGGGAAACUUUGUAAAUAUAGUUUGGAGAUGUGAACUUAGCUGACACAGACAAGAUUUGGAGAACUUUAUGUGCUCUGUAUAUACAGUAUAAACAAAACUGAGAGAUUUGUAGCACAGCAAAACACCAAACCAGCCACUGAAGUAAAAUACAAUAUAUUAUUGAAAUAUAUAUAUAUAUAUAUAUAUAUAUUAAAUAUAUUUAAAUGUAUAUUUAUUUCGUUUAAAUUAGUGUCUGUUUUUGAACUGUACAUGCAGUUGAACUAAAUGAUGCCACAAACACUGCAAAGAACACGUCUGAGUCAUAUUUCAUCAUAACAUUUAAAGUAAAUAAUAAAGUUUGUUUUGCACAAACAGAAUUAAACUUUUUUUACGAUUCAUUUCAUUGUAAUGCUUUCACAACAUUUAAAAAAAAUCUUACUGCUGAAAUGUGUGUGUUUUUAUUUUGAGUUCUCAGAAACUUCUUUUUGUAGUAAAGUAAAAAAAAUACUGCAAUACAAUACUUUUUAUUUAAAUCAGCAAAAAUAGGCACAAAUAAUACAAAUAUUAUGUGGUUAAAUGUGACCCAGACUUGUCACAUGGCAUGUUUCACCUACUUUCUUUUGUUCAUCCCAAAGAUCUGUCUAGACUGUAAAAGUACAUUUCCGUCCAUAGAAACAGAUCUGGUGCUUAAAGACAACAUACUGUGAGUUGAAGUGAAAUUGUACGUUCAUUUUGAUUCUCCUGUUUGCACACGAUAGAAAUCUCUCUUGCUUGACGUCUCGAACACUGUUACGGUUUUUGUCGAUUUCAGACAGAAAAGAUCACGAGUUAACAGUCUAAAGCCUCUUGCACUAAACUUCAAAUCCUCGUCUGAUUUAGUUACACUGCAAGUACACGAGUGCAUGCACUGAGCUCAGUAUUACAAGUGUUCUUUUAUUUCAUGAAUUGUAUUAUUACCCCAAUGACAUGUCAAUGUAGAAAGUAUUUCAAUGGUUUAUUCAGAGCAGCAUUGGAUUAUUAUUAUUUAUGUUUUGCUUGUUGAACACUACGAAAUUGAUUUUGUCCAAUACUGUACUAUUAUUUAUAAACAUUUUGUUGCCUUCUGAAGAGAGUUCAUCUAAAGCAAUAAAUUGUUUUUUUAAAGAUGUUUAAUGGACUAUUGCACAGUGAGAGAUGAAAUAAGUUGGAUUUUUACCUCAACUGACAUUUUCACGUAUAUUUAGUAACUAAAAACCAAAAAAUGGAGAUGAUCGUUUCAAGCUCGAACUUUGUACGGCAGCGUAAGAUGUUGUAUCAUGACUAAACUACAUGAAAAUUAAAUUUGAGAGAAACGCAUCGGUCAAAGCCUUAAGCACUUUUAUUUGUCUGUUUUAUUUCCUGCGUUUUUCUCUGUGACCACAUUAUCUUAUUGCACAGGGACUUGUACUAGUAGUACUUGAAGUACUACUAGGCUACUGGAAUUCCUUUGAAUGGGAUGUUGGGUUUUUAUCCAUUUCACUAAUCUGCUUUUAAUGAUCUGCUGAAACUACAGGAGGGAAGUUUUUUACUUUCUGAAGAACUUUCUUCUGUUUAUUAUUGCACCACAGCGGAGGUUCAAGAUCGUGAACGUGUGUUUUCAGAAAUUGCUUAUAUUUUCCACUGUGUAUUAUUUACUUUUAAGGGCCAUGAUGACCUAUAGGUUGACCUUUCAAGAGUUCAGGUCUAGCGCAGCGUGCCAUUCCCUGCGAAAGGUUUGUUGUGGGUUCACUGCAUAAUGAAUGGAAACACACUUGUCCUCCAUUAAUUAAAGUCAUGUUUCAUGGAAUUCAUUGGCUCAGUUACUAGAUUGUCUGGCCAUUUUGUUCUGAUUUCAUCAUUUAUUUUGGAUUUUGCAUAAAAUAAUUGUUAGUACAUUACUGGCGUUUUUAAUGUAUAAUGUUUGUGUUUGUCUUCUUUUAGACUGCUGCUGUUAAAAGGGAAAAUGUAAAAAGCUUAUGGACUGUACGUAUUUAUUUCCAUGAACUUUGUUGGUCCUUUAAAGAAGCAAUGUGUGUAUUUUAUAAUGAUACUGUUUGAGUUGGUAAAUCUAAAAGAUGUCUCUAUUAAAAUGCCUCUUUGUGAUGUUUAUUACAAUGGUGAACUACUGUAGUCACAAACAAAUCAACUUUUGACAGGUCUACAACAUUACGGCAAGUUUUCAAAUCAUAAACACGUUUUCUGUAACUUUAUGCGAUCUAAUUUGCUCCCGAGAUGUUUGAAAGUAAGUUAAUCGCGCUCUGUACGUAAAGACGUUUGUUUUUCUUGAGAAAGAGUGCCAUUGUGGGUGUGGCCUUCCAGACCAUUCCGUUGUGCUAUUGGCAAGGCGAGAGGCA